AGUGAGAGCUAGCGAGCAGGCACCCACCGCGUUUCUGUGGCAGUGGGACCCUGGGAGCAGGAGAGGUCCACUCACCUACGAUCCUCGGCGCAAUACAGACAUAACUUUUCAAGCCAACUGACACGUCUUAAAGGAGAACAGGAGAAAGACAUCGCAAACCCUGAGAGGCAACCAUAGUGAACUUUGACAGGGAGAAGAAAAAGGGAGGCCACAGUUGCUGCUGUACUCAGAGACAGUCUCUCUAUCAAAAUCUUCUCCUGACCGUGGUUCUACCAGAGACAGAAGCAGAGAGGCUGUGUGUGUCCAGAGCUCUCCAGUCCAGUCUCUAGAGGUCUAUCCUGCUGCCAUGGCCCUUGAGUGCACUGCGUCCCACUGGUGAGCGAGGGGCAUCAGAGGGCAGAAGACAUGUUGGGACAGAGGCCUGGGGACCGCACUGAAGCUUGCUGUAGUAACCAUGGAAAUGCUAUGGAGGACCUUGGCCUGCAUUGUUGUCAUCAUCGUCAUGGUUGCCACCAAUGUUGCAGAAAGUCAGACUGCUGAAAAGUUCACCCAGUCACAAGCUGCGUUCCUGUCCAGCCUGGGCCAGUAUGAAAUUGCCAUCCCGGUUCGCGUGGGGCCGCAGGGCGAGACCCUGGACACAGAGGAUUGGGGUGCAGACAGCCCCAACCACCACCGGCGGAACCGCCGCAGUGCUGAGGACCAGCAACAGGACCCGUCCCAGAUGUACUACCAACUCUCCACCCCCAAAACCAACUUCCUCCUCAACCUGACCCUGCAGGGGGGCCUGCUGUCCCGCCAGUUCCGUGUGGAGUACUGGAGGAGGGGCCGUCUGGCCUGGAGCCACCCUUACGCCCCCCAGUGUCUCUAUGUAGGCCACCUGCAGGAUCAGCCCCACUCCAGCAAGGUGGCUCUCAGCAACUGUAACGGCCUGCAGGGGGUGAUCGUGGCGGGCGGUGAAGAGUACCUCGUCGAGCCUCUGACCCCGGCCGAAAACCUCACGAGAGCGGAGAGGGGGGAGGGCCGCCCACAUGUGGUUUACAAGAGGUCAUCUCUCCGCCACCAGUACAUGGACCAGUCUUGUGGGGUCAUCGAUGAGAAGCCAGGUAAAGGCAUGUCCUGGUGGCAGAGGACUCUGAAGACCCCUCCCAACCCCAUCGGCCGAGGCCAGCUGCCCCUGAAGAGGUCUGUGAGCAGAGAGCGCUACGUAGAAACACUGGUGGUGGCCGACAAGAUGAUGGUGGGGUACCACGGCCGCCGGGACAUCGAACAGUACAUCCUGGCUGUCAUGAAUAUUGUUGCCAAACUGUUCCAGGAUUCUAGCCUGGGGAACGCAGUGAACAUCGUGGUGACCCGCCUCAUCCUGCUCAUGGAGGACCAGCCGACUCUAGAGAUCAACCACCAUGCAGGGAAGUCCCUGGACAGCUUCUGUAAGUGGCAGAAAUCCAUCCAGAACCGGAAUGGCAACGGGAAUGCCAUCCCAGACAACGGCAUCGCUCACCACGACACUGCCGUGCUCAUCACCAGGUACGACAUCUGCAUCUACAAGAACAAGCCAUGUGGAACCCUAGGUCUAGCUCCAGUGGGAGGGAUGUGUGAGCCAGAGAGGAGCUGCAGCAUCAACGAGGACAUCGGCCUGGCCACAGCCUUCACCAUCGCCCACGAGAUAGGACACACGUUUGGGAUGAACCAUGAUGGAGUGGGCAACGCCUGUGGCUCCCGCAGUCAGGAGACAGCCAAGCUGAUGGCUGCACACAUCACCAUGAAGACCAACCCUUUCGUCUGGUCCGCCUGCAGCCGAGACUACAUCACCAACUUCCUGGACUCAGGCAUGGGCUCCUGCCUCAACAACGUCCCCCCCAAGCAGGAGUUUGUGUACCCUACUACGGCCCCCGGCCAGGCCUACGAUGCAGAUGAGCAGUGCCGCUUCCAAUACGGAGUGAAGUCUCGGCAGUGUAAAUACGGGGAAGUCUGCAGCGAGCUGUGGUGCAUGAGCAAAAGCAACCGCUGCAUCACCAGCAGCAUACCCGCCGCCGAAGGAACCAUCUGUCAAACCAAUACCAUAGAGAAAGGAUGGUGCUAUAAGAGGGUGUGUGUGGUCUACGGGACCCAGCCAGAGGGGGUGGACGGCGGCUGGGGUCUCUGGACCCCCUGGGAGGAGUGCAGCCGUACCUGUGGGGGAGGAGUGUCCUCCUCCAUCCGCCACUGUGACAGCCCCAGGCCAACCAUUGGUGGAAAGUAUUGUCUGGGAGAGAGGAAGCGCUUCAGAUCGUGCAAUAUUGACGAGUGCCCUGCAGGCUCUCAGGAUUUUCGGGAGAUUCAGUGCUCCGACUUCGACAACGUUCCUUUCCGGGGGAAAUUCUACACCUGGAAACCCUACAGGGGAGGUGGGUACAGUGGAGUGAAGUCCUGCUCUCUGAACUGCCUGGCGGAGGGAUAUAACUUCUACACAGAGCGUGCACCGGCUGUGGUGGACGGGACCCCAUGUCGAGACGACUCUCUGGAUGUCUGUGUGAACGGAGAGUGCAAGCACGUGGGCUGUGACCGGAUCCUGGGCUCGGAUGUGCGGGAGGACCGCUGCCGGAUCUGCGGGGGUGACGGGAGCAGCUGUGAGGCCAUCGAGGGCCUCUUCAAUGACUCCCUGCCUGAAGGAGGUUAUGAAGAGGUGGUCAGAAUCCCCAAAGGAUCAGUGUUCAUUCAUAUCCAGGAGCUCAACGUCUCCCUCAAUUUCCUAGUGCUGAAGAGUAAAGGGGACCAGUUCUUCAUCAAUGGGAAGCUGACCAUCGACACCCCUCGUAGGUUUGACAUCGCAGGGACCACCUUCCACUACCGCCGGCCCACUGACCAACCUGAGACCCUGGAGGCCCUGGGGCCCACCAACAUGACCAUCAUCGUCAUGGUACUGGUGAGGGAGGAGAACCCAGGGAUCCACUACCGCUUCAACCCUCCAGUCAGCAGAAACCUUCUGAGUGGAUAUGCCUGGCACUACACAUCCUGGUCCCGCUGCUCUGUACUCUGCGCUGGGGGUGGUCAGACCCAGCAGGUAGUGUGCAAGAAGCAGACUGAUCACACCGUGGUCUAUAACCACUUCUGUGACAAGAGGAGCAAACCCAAAGACAAGAAGCGAGCCUGCAACUCUGAGCCAUGCUCCCCAAGCUGGUGGUCUGGGGAGUGGUCUGAGUGCAGUCGCAGCUGUAACGGGGGCCUGAGGACCAGAGAGGUGCUGUGUAAGAGGAAGAUCUCUCCUACAGAGGAGAAGGUGCAGGACGAUGGGGCCUGUACCCCCCAACGACCACCCCUCACCGAGCCCUGCAGCAACCAUACCUGCCCCCCAGAGUGGCUGGCCCUGGACUGGUCAGAGUGUAAUCCCAGCUGUGGUCCAGGGUUCAGGCACCGUGUCCUUCUGUGUAAGCGUGGGGAGAGUGGAGACACACUGCCAGAGUCCCAGUGUCCCAAGCAUGGGCGUCCCACCACCAGGGUGCGCUGUAACCUGCAGCGCUGUCCACCCCCCAUGUGGGUCACAGGGCCCUGGGGAGAGUGCUCAGCCAAGUGUGGUCUGGGUCAGGAGAUGCGCUCUGUGCAGUGUCUCGCACAAACCGGCCAGCCGUCCAAUGAGUGUCCAGACCUCCAGCGCCCGGCAGCCAUGCAACAGUGCAAGAGCAAAUGUGACCUCAGCAGCCUACCCAUGGACAUCCCAGAGGGUGACCCUGAAGAGUGCAAAGAUGUGAACACGGUGGCGUACUGCCCCCUGGUGCUCAGGUUUAAGUUCUGCAGCCGCCCCUACUUCAGACAGAUGUGCUGUAAGACCUGCCAAGGACACUGACCCCUGAACCAGACCGAGAGCCAGACCAGAAGGCACCCCCAGCGGGCCCAGACCAGACCAGGAGCCACCCCCAGCGGGCCUAGACCAGACCCACUGAGCUGCACAUUCCACAGGGGGGAGGGACUGCCCAGCCAACGCACCACAGAGCAGCCUGCCUGACAUCAGAGGAGGGAGAGGUAGACGGCGGGAGGGUGAGAGAGAAAGAGAGAGAGAACUGUGCUUUUAUCCCCCACUCUGAAAGUGCCCUAACUUAUACCAGCUGUGGGGGCACUGCUGUGAAGGUCAAAUGAGCUGCUGGGAUACCUCUCUGUCUCGAUGUACCUACACUAUAUAUACAAAAGUAUGUGGACACCCCUUCAAUUUAGUGGAUUCGGCUAUUUCAGCCACACCCGUUGC